AACUUCCCUUUUAGCAUCCAGCUGAGUUGGGGCUGGCAAGGACGCGAAGAAGGUGCUAAGCAGUGAUAACAGCAGCUUCUUUUCAUCCUGUGCACCUUGUCCAUAGAAAGUCAGCUGGGACGUCUUGAAUCGCAACCAUCCUGAUUUCUCUGAGAGAUCCUCUUCCUCUCUUCUUGCUCUUUCACUCAUCUCUGCAGAAAGGGAGGAGUAAGCUCUGCCCCAGAAAAGGAGUGGUGAUGGCAAGCAAUUUGGAAAAUACAAAAAGCAUUCUUAUUAUGUAUGAAGAAGAUGCAGAGGAAUGGGCACUGUAUUUAAAAUCAAUUUUCAGCCACAUUAUAUUUGAAGACCACAUAUUGCUUUAUAAUCUAGAAGCUGCAAGCAUUCACGACCUGGAAUUGCAGUCUCUGAGAUCCUACCAAUGCAAAGUGUUGAUAUUGUCAAGUGAGGUUCUAAAAUACCUGAAUCUUAACAAGAGACGUUUUCUAGAUAAGGUUCUUCAGCCUCCUGAACAAGUGGUUAUUUUCCUCUGUGGAAUUGAGAAUUCAGCCAUUGUCUAUCAGAUACUAAAUAUUGACCCAAACAAUCAAUUGAUUACUACUGAUCAAGAUCCAGAGGAAUAUCUUGCAGUGAUUACUGCCAUUAUUCAACAAGGUCCACAUGAUCCAAGGUCUUUGGGUUUAAAAUGCAGCCGGGAGCUAAAUGAAGAUGUACGUGAAACAACUGAGAGAAUUUUGGAAACACAAGAGAAACCCGAGGUCUUAGUGCUGCCAAAACGGAUAUCAUGCCAGAACCCUGGAGAAAUAUUCAUCCUCCUGCAAGAUGAUGUCCCCUGUGAUUCGGUAGUGGUUGAGUUUGUAACGGCAAACAAACGGGUCAGGACUGAACCUGAUGUUUGGAAUCAGAAGGUCAGAUGGAUGAAAGCUUUAGAUUUUCCUUCUGGCUUUGUAAAUGUAAAUGUCUACUGUGAAGGAGUAAUUAAAGCUACAACGCAGAUUGAAUACUACACAAUGGUUGAAGAGAUGGAAAGCUUGCUUCAGAAAGUGGCUGAUCCCAUAGCCUUUACUUGUCAGGCUUCCAAGUUUUCAUCAACAGACAAAAUAGACAGCAUUCUCACAUUUUUAUUGGACAUUCCAGUCAUUUCUCAUAACUUCAGCCAUAUUCCGAAUAAAGUCCUGGAUCAUCACUGCCAAAGAGAUUUACAAGUGAAAGAACUUCCCACUCUUCUCCACUGUGCAGCAAAAUUUGGAUUAAAGAAACUUGCUUCCCUUCUACUCCAGUGCCCCGAGGCAGCUUGGGCUUGCAAUAUAAUCAACAAAUAUGGAGAAAACCCAGGACAUCUUGCAGAAAAGUAUGGCCAUAAGGAGAUUCAGAAGAUCAUUAAAGAAUUUUCAACAAAUGAGGACAGUAAUGAAAUUGAUGGUGAGGAAGAAGGACAAGUGAAUACUGAAGAUGAUAACUAUGUUAUGAUGAUGAGCUCAGAAUCUCAUUGUAGGCCAAGCCUAAGAGAAAAGCCUGAAGUCAGUAAGAAAACCCCAAAGAAAGGAGACAUGGAUGGUGAGACAGAGCUGAAAGACAAAGAGUGGGAAAGAGUGGCAGUGAAAGACACCGAUGGAGCAGAAGGAGAUCACACAUUACUGGCAGAUCCACAUUGCUUGGAUGGUAGCAGUGAGCAUUUGUAUGAUGACAUUAUAGAGGAGACUUUUGGAGCAAGUGACAGAAAUGUCAGCUAUGCUGAGAGCCCACCUUUACCACCACGAACGAAACCUGCCAUCCCAAAGCAGCAACAGCUUCUCUACAUGUCUCCAGCAUGGGAGACAGUGACUGAUGAAGAGGUAACCAAAAUAAUACGUGGAGACCAAAAAGAAGACAACUCCGAGGAAGUAGAAGAGGAAGAUCCAUACCUUUCUGCUGAGUUUAGAGAUGGGGUGUACGAUAUAAUUCUCGGUAAUGCAAUUAAAGAGAGAAGAGGAGGCAAAUCCUUUAUUAUGAACCGGCCACCGGCACCUGCACCUCGUUCUUUCAUGCCUGUGAAAGAGGAGAGCACGCCUUACAUAGCUCAAGUUUUUCAGCAACAAGUGAACAGAACUCAUGCUGGUAACAAGAAGCCAUCAUGCGCUGUCAGAAAAACAGACAGAGUUUAUGGUGACAGGACAACAUAUACUACUAUCAAGCUGGACAUCCCGCCAGGGCAAGACGAACUAAUCUUACUUCAGGAGCAAGUGAAGAAGGGCAUCAUUUCUAUGGAUGAAGCUGUGGAGAAAUUCAAACAAUGGCAGAGUCUUAGAAGUGGAUUAGGAGCCACCAAGCAGGAAAAAAUAUGCCAGCUCAGAGACUCUAUUAUCAGAGAAAGGCCAGAGGAGGAAAGCACGCUUGACAACAUCACCAUUGUUCAUCAUCCAGGAGGUUCGGUGAACAGAGGAAAAGACAGUCUGAAUGCUGAAGGUGUCGUAUACUCCCGUCCAUUUGGAAAGCAGCAUGUGACAAGUUGAAGGGAAAAGCAACAUCCUCACAGCAUGAAUGUGUGCAUCCGCACACACACACAUCCACACACAAUGUGCUGGUUUUCUUUAAGUUUUGCUCUGAAGAUUGGCAGCAAGCUGUUGAAAAAUUGUAUAAUUUUACUCUAUUCUCUACCAACUCAGGGUCCAUUCAUUUAGAUUAGAUUAGAUUAGAUUAGAUUAGAUUAGAUUAGAUUAGAUUAGAUUAUAAUUGACUGUUUUAUUGAUUAUUUUAUACCCUACCCACUUUUAGAGUUUCUUUGAACAGUCAAGUCACAUUACUGAAAUUCAGAUCUAUGACAUUUGCAACCUGGUGUUUUGUUCUAGAGGAGAGGUAGGCAAAAUGUAGCUUUCCAAGUCUUUCUGAAUCACAGCUCUCAUCUCCUUUCACCAUAACCUGUGCUUGUUAGGGCUGAGGAGAGCUGCUGUUCAGCAAUAUCUGAAGCAGGGUUCUCCAAACUUUUGACCACGAGGGCCACACUGGAUAUUUUCUACAUUUUUGAGGCUGAAGGAACAGGAACAUGUACACAUGGAUGCCCGCCCGCACCGACGUACCCCCCAUAUGCCCCAUGCACACACACACACCCCGCAAGCAUGCACCCCCUCCCUGUUUGCCCACCCACCCAUGCACAUAUGCACACAGGCUGGAAGGGAACAGGCCGGAUAAAAUGGCAAGGUGGACCGAAUGUAGCCCUCAGGCCAUAGUUUGGAGACCCUUGUUUUAUGGCAAGAGAAAGAAAAUAUGUAUUAAUAAAAUUGACAGCCCCUAGCAUGACUGUUUCCUGUUGUUCUUAUUGUUCAUCUAUAAUAUUUCAAUUAUUUUAAAUAAAUAAAUAAAUUUUACUUAUUAAUUGUUGGAAGCUGCCCUGUUUUAGCAAAGAAGCAGUGGGAUGGCUUAAAGGUAUUUCUAUAUUUCUGAUGAAGGCAAGAAGGAAGGAAAAGAAAGAGAGAGAGAAAGAAAAUAAAUCCCUUGGAUGAAACGCCAUUAUAAUAAAUUCUUCUAUUUCUAAUCUUCAUGGCAAAGCUGGACAACUUUCAGAGAUCCAAGGACUGUACAUGCCCUCCCUUUGGGACUUCUACGCUUCCUGCACUUGUAUAAGACAUCCAAUUGG